AUGAGUGCCCGAAAUCUUCACUUUUCAGCUUUUCGGAAAGUUGUUGGUGUAUGGCUCUUCACACACACCUCACAACAUGGAGUAUAUGCUAUUCUCACUCGCUUCAGCUUCACGGUCUCGUACACAUCUGUCCUCAAGCUGUUGCACAGUCUCUCGCAGUCUGCCAAGAGCCUCAUUCAGCAGAAGGCAAAGUCUCGUGCAUUCUUGCUGAUAUAUGACAACAUCAACCAAAUGUCACGAGCGUGGGAUCUGGACUUAGGCCAGAAGGAUACAAUCCACAAUGGCACGGCGGCAACAUUCGUGGAACUAGAUGACUGUGACGUGACCAAAGCUUUUGACGUCAACCGCCUUCACCAUGCACAGCAAGCGGAGCGCAGGAAGGAUCUCAACCUCGAGACGCUGUAUAAGUGGGUCGACUGGGAAAGGUUGAAUGCUACCAUCACUACUCACAUACUGAGCUUUCUAGUCGAAGCGGUGCCGGCAUUGGCGGUACAUCACGAGAUGGUCCAGUUGCAGCUGAAAACAACACUGAUGGUUCAUCGUAUGCGCACGGGACGUCAGACAGGAGUCCACCCACUCACGACAUCCAAUCACAAUGAGGGGAACACUGCUGAGAAUGCAAAGGUAUUAGAGGAUCUUCUGAUGGACCAACUCCAGAUGUCCAAAGAGGAAGUAGAGAAGGGGCUAAUUCUUGUUGGCAGUGAUCAGUCUACUGUCAAGAAGUUGCGCACGUUGAAGAAAUAUGUUGCAACUUGCCUGCAUGGUUACUCCCGACAUGGCUGGGUUCUGCCCCUCAUCCAGCUUUGGCACAUGGGUUGGGCGGACCUGGAACACAUUUUGAGUACGCACUGGGGGACCUCAACUGCGGAUGAUCUCUCAUCAUUCCGCGCGGCAAAUGUCUUGUUGGGGCGCAAGGUGAAGGACCAAAAACGGCCUGAUUACUAUCCGACACAGCACCUGGUUUUCGACAUGCUGAAAGCAGAAAUACUGGACUGUUGGAGAAUCCAUCUCAAGGCUGAGAACCUCAAGGAGUAUUUUUGUUCACAUUCCGUGGUGUACGAGCAGUUGCUCAAGUUGGCGGUUGAGAUCUGUGAUCAUUAUUUGACUGCAGAUGCGUACGACCGUGCGCUCAACCCUGUGGGAGGUCAGCCUCAAGCAUUUUUUGGAAAUGGUACGCCAUGGACAAGAGAUGUGGCGGAAGGUACAGAGAUAGGUGCCGAGCCAUUUCCCGGUGACCAAGUCUUGGCAAACACUAUUCUGCAUAUGCGGGAUAGCAUUAUCCACUAUGAGUUCCAAUGUGCAAUCGCAGAUGGGGAUAUUGGACGGGCAAUGAAUGUGAUGGCCAUCUGGACCUUCACCUUUGCAGGAUCCGGUCGAAGUAAAUAUGCUAAUGAGCUACUUGAAUUCACUUGCCAAUUUGAAUUUGAAUACUCAGAAGAACUGAAGACCGCAAUCAAAAACAACUGGCUGUGCAAUCUGUCUGGUAUUGAGGGGUGUUGGUUCCCUAUGGACCUCUUACAGGAGAAAAAUAUUAAACAGCUGAAGAAAAUGUCACAGCGCAAGGAUAAUCCUUUCGGGGGAGAAUUUUUCAAGAACAUCGUCGCUAUGAACAUCCGUGCUUUCCUUCAGGCUAUCGUGUCAAUGCGAGACACUGUCCGGCUACUACGCAAGGGGAGUUCCCACUGA